GAGCGUGGUAUCACCAUCGAUAUCGCUCUGUGGAAGUUCGAGACCCCCAAGUACUUCGUUACCGUCAUUGACGCCCCGGGUCACCGUGAUUUCAUCAAGAACAUGAUCACCUGGUACCUCGCAGGCUGACUGCGCCAUCCUCAUCAUUGCUGGUGGUGUUGGUGAGUUCGAGGCUGGUAUCUCCAAGGAUGGCCAGACCCGCGAGCACGCCCUGCUUGCCUUCACCCUCGGUGUCAAGCAGCUCAUUGUUGCCGUCAACAAGAUGGACUCGGUCAAGUACUCCGAGGACCGCUUCAAGGAGAUCAUCAAGGAGGUCGCCAACUUCAUCAAGAAGGUCGGCUACAACCCCAAGACCGUUGCCUUCGUGCCCAUCUCGGGCUGGGAGGGUGACAACAUGAUUGAGGCCUCGGCCAACAUGCCGUGGUACAAGGGAUGGGAGAAGGAGAUCAAGGGCAACAAGGUCACCGGCAAGACCCUCGUCGACGCCAUUGACGCCAUUGAGCCCCCUGUCCGCCCCUCGGACAAGCCCCUGCGUCUUCCCCUCCAGGAUGUGUACAAGAUCGGUGGUAUCGGUACCGUCCCUGUCGGCCGUGUCGAGACUGGUGUCAUCAAGGCCGGUAUGGUCGUCACCUUCGCCCCGGCUGGCGUGACCACUGAGGUCAAGUCCGUCGAGAUGCACCACGAGGUCCUCACCGAGGGUGUCCCGGGUGACAACGUCGGUUUCAACGUCAAGAACGUCUCCGUCAAGGACAUCCGCCGUGGUAACGUGUGCUCGGACUCGAAGAACGACCCCGCCAAGGAGGCCGCUUCCUUCACCGCCCAGGUCAUCGUCCUCAACCACCCCGGACAGAUCUCGGCUGGCUACGCCCCUGUGCUCGACUGCCACACUGCUCACAUCGCCUGCCGCUUCGCUGAGCUCCAGCAGAAGAUUGACCGCCGUACCGGUAAGGUCACUGAGGAGUCGCCCAAGUUCGUCAAGUCUGGUGACGCCGCCAUCGUCAAGAUGAUCCCCUCGAAGCCCAUGUGCGUUGAGGCCUUCACCCAGUACCCCCCUCUGGGUCGCUUCGCCGUCCGUGAUAUGCGCCAGACCGUUGCCGUCGGUGUCAUCAAGGCCGUCGACAAGACCGAGAAGUCGGGCAAGACCACCAAGUCUGCUGCCAAGGCCGCCAAGAAGUAAAUAGCUUCCUGACUGCUGACCAUCGGUUUUCUUCCGCGCUCGC